CUCCUAAGCCAGCAGGACACACCAGGUUUGUGUGUGUUUCUGAUACACACUCCCGUACAGAUGGCAUCCAGAUGCCUUACGGCGAUGUUCUGCUCCACACGGGCGACUUCACUGAGCUGGGCCUGCCUUCUGAGGUUAAGAAGUUCAACGACUGGCUAGGAGGCCUUCCCUAUGAAUUCAAAGUGGUGAUCGCUGGGAACCAUGAGCUGACCUUUGAUAAGGACUUUAUGGCUGAGCUGGUCAAGCAGGAUUACUACCGAUUCCCCUCAGUCUCCAAACUCAAGCCAGAGGACUUUGACAAUGUCCAGUCGCUCCUCACAAACUGUGUGUACCUGCAGGAUUCAGAUGUAACUAUAAAAGGAUUCCGGAUAUACGGAACACCAUGGACUCCGUGGUUCAACGGCUGGGGAUUCAACCUGCCUCGAGGUCAGUCUCUGCUGGAUAAAUGGAACCUGAUCCCUGAAGGCAUCGACAUACUGAUGACCCACGGACCUCCGCUUGGUUUUAGAGACUGGGUUCCUAAAGAGCUUCAACGAGUCGGCUGUGUGGAGCUGCUCAACACUGUUCAGAAAAGGGUCCGCCCUAAACUUCAUGCAUUUGGAGGCAUCCAUGAAGGCUACGGCAUCAUGACAGAUGGAUACACAACGUUCAUCAACGCGUCCACCUGCACCGUCAGCUUCCAGCCCACCAACCCCCCCAUCGUGUUCGACCUGCCCAACCCCUCCAGCUCCUGAGACCAGAUUAGGACUUUUGUGGGCGGGCAAUGCCAGGGGGCGGGAUCAACUCCAGUUUUUUCUAUAAAUAUGUCAAGUUUUAAAAAAGAAAAAAAAUCUUAAGUGUUUCUUUGCAAACUUUGGGUCUUCUCCACACUGUUGUCGACAGUGAGAAGAUUUGAAAAUGGUGCGUUGUGUUGGGGAUCGGGGGGUCAGGGAGGGUGAAAGGAGAAUAUCGGUGUUUGUGCCAACACUGUAGGAUUUCCUCAUAGAGUUUAUAUUUCUGCACACAAAUCAGUUCAGUUGCUCCAAAUACUGGGUCCUGUUUGCUUUGCUUUUUUUCCCCAGUGUUGUGCAAACCAGAACUAAACCCACCAGCAAUUACAACAACAGGACGACAAAACCUCAUCCCAGACAUAAUCUCUAUAAUCUACAUCACCUGAGAGCAGAAGGAGUCGUGGUGAUGAUUACAACGUUUGAUCUCUGCCUCUGCUUUCCUCAUGUUAUUUGACUUAUUUUUUUCUUAAGUUUGAAUGUUGAAAUUCUUCGGUGACUGCUCUACAAAUAUAGUGGGAACGGUGUGAAAAUAAGCUGUGUUUGACACCGAUAUUCUUCUUUUCUGGGGGUUUUUUGUGGUUAAACAAUCUUGCUCUUGAUAAAUAUUGGUCAGAUCUGUAAGAUAAAAAAUGCUUUGUGAAUUUGUACAAUUUCUUUAUGUUGGGUUUGCAUUAGCAGGACAAUGGAUGCCAUGGUUUUAUGUUGUAUCAUCUGAUUUCUUUGUUUCUGUCUUAUUGGCCGACAGGGACGCUGCCUUAAACUAGCUUUAAUGUUCUCAGCUAGCCCCCCCUCCCUCUCUCUCUCUCCCUCUAUCUCUCUCUCCCUCUUUCUCUCUCUCUCUCUGCAAGCUCAGAGAAAAGUCUAUUUAUUACCCAUCAUCCCUGAAGCAACCCCUGACAGGACGUCCAAAAUCGAUCAAAAUCUCAUUCAGUAAAUUUAACUUUCUAACGUCCCAACAAUGAUUUUUGAGCUAAUUUGGAAAAUGUAUGUAUAAAUUAUAUAUAUUAUAUUAUAUAUUCAUGUUGUAAAACAUCUGUACUAAAAGUGGUUUAAAAAAAAAAAUGCAAAAAUUGUGGUGCAUUAUUUUGCUGAAUGCACCUGAAUGAUUGACGUUUGCCACCAGCGGCUCUCCAGAUGUUUCUUAAAUGUUUUUGUAUCCACUGGUUUUUGGAUGAGAGAGGAAAAUUUGUCAGAGUCACAAUCCAACAGGUGCUGGUUGUUCCCAACAACACGCCUGCCUAAACAUUACGUUGUCCUAUUAAGUGUAAAUUUAAUAGUAUUUGUGUUUUAUUGCUCUUUUCUUUUCUUCUUAUUUUGCACUGUGUGUAAAUGCAAUCUUGCUAGCACAAAAAAAAGUUGCCAAUAGUUGUUUCAACUUCUGCCGCUGUAAAUGCUCUUCUCGUGCUCUGCUCCUCUCUCGCGCUUUCUCUGAUUGUAUCCCUCUUCAUUGAAAUGUUAGUUCUUCUUUCAGUUCAUUGUGAUAUAUUUAGCUGCCUUUAUAUGCAAAUAAAAUUGCAAGAAUUUUUAA